GUCGAGAGCGUAGUAACAUGUUUUUGUGUUUUAUAUAAGCUUCUUGAUAGUAACUAAUACCAAACUAAUGCUUGACUAAUACUUAAUCUGUGGUCGAAACUCAAGCGAUAGUUUGGACUUUGUUUUACCUCGCCGGUUAACUUUCUUGUUUAAUAAAUAUUUGUUAAUAAUUCAGAGAUGGCUGAAAAAAAGAAAGAAGGUGAACCAGAAGGUGAAGAAGAAUUCUCAGUUGAAAAAGUAUUGGAUCGACGUGUGAGAAACGGAAAGGUGGAGUAUUUCCUCAAGUGGAAAGGUUAUAGUGAUGAAGAUAACACUUGGGAGCCUGAAGAAAAUCUUGAUUGUCCAGAUCUUAUACAAGCUUUUGAAGAAGCAAGAAAGAAAAAAGAAGCUGAGGGCAAACUGAGUAAAACCGACAAAGAUGUGAAGAAAAGAAAGUCGUCAGCAGCAACUCCUGAUCUUAAAGGUGCUAAAAAAAGUAAGGGCGAUGAUAAGAAAGCUUCAGGAUUUGACCGUGGCUUGGAACCCGAGAAAAUUAUAGGUGCAACAGACAGCAGUGGAGAGUUGAUGUUCCUCAUGAAAUGGCAAGGUACAGAUGAAGCUGAUUUGGUCCCAGCAAAGCAAGCAAAUGUGAGAUGUCCGCAGGUUGUGAUUCAGUUUUACGAGGAGAGACUCACAUGGCACACACCAUCUGCAGAUGAGGGCAAUGCUGAAGAUUAGGUGUAUCAUUCCAAGGAAAAUUUUUAACAAAGAAACACAAAUGUGAAAUAGAAUUUUAAAGAAUCUUACGCUGGUGAUUUAAUUACACAUUAACCCUUUCACCGCCUGAAUCGGAUUUAUCCGACAAAAAAAUUCGGGCUUAUUCCGCCUGAGUCGGAUUUAUCCGACACAAAACCCUGUGUACCAUAUAUAUUUAAUUUCUAAACGUAUUAUGAUGUUUUAGCCUAAAAUAAAUUUUUUUUUCGAAAGUUUA